AUGUUCAAUCGGAAAGAUCUUCCGUCUGUCCCUAAUCCCUUUGGAUCUCGACAGGACUCAGGACGUUCAGCGCCACAAGGCUACGGGAGUCCAGGUCAAGCUCCACGGUAUGAUUACAACCACGCCCCCAUACCUGCGAGGCCUACCCCCGAUGGCGAUGUGCCCAUGACUGAUGCAUAUACACAUUCAAGAGGAUACGGAGCUCCUUCACCACAGAAUAUUGGCAGAUCACCGCAACCACCGUCUGGUCGCAUGCCAUCUGCGGGCGGACAGACGUGGACGCUUCACCCUAGCAAGAGUCCUAACGAUAAUUUCACCUUUGGUAACCUUGUCGCUGUCUCGCCGCAAGACAUUCCACCAAGCCGCGAUGGCAACGAUGUACUCCUCCUCAUCAAUGACCUUUUCGUUUUCUCCGCCCGCCCCCUGGAAGGCUUCCCCCGAGGAUCCAUGAGCAUGUCGGACCCCCAGCGGACAUGGGCUAACAUCGGGUUGAGAGAUGCUAUCAAAGUACAGCUGUACGACCCUUUCAGCCAGGGUGGACAAGCUUACCUGGGAUCCGCGGAUAUUGAAGUCAGCUUUGCUUCAAUAAAGAAACGCGUGGAGGCUCCAUAUGAUCAAGAUGAGCUAUCAAAUGCUGUCAUUAAAAAUUUCGAGAACCAACUCUUUGCUCCGGGUCAAAGAAUUUUGAUGGAUCACAAGAGCAUUCCACUCCUUUUGCAGGUGAAGACUGUUCAGCGAGUUGACCUGACAGCAGAGAAAGCCGAUCCGAACUCUGGCGAAACCGAGACUGCUCCCAACGCCAGAGGUAUUAUCACACGGCACACGCAGCUCAACUUUUUCAAGGAUUCUUCGACCGGUAUAAAUGUCAAGGCAUCCAACCGUCGCCCGGCUGCCAACUCAAUCAUUCAGCCUGGUUUUAAGUUCUCGGAUAUGGGAAUUGGUGGUCUCGACUCCGAGUUCAGUACUAUUUUCCGUCGUGCUUUUGCAUCUCGUAUCUUUCCUCCCGGCUUGGUCGAGAAACUUGGCAUUCAGCACGUUAAAGGUCUCUUACUGUAUGGACCACCAGGUACUGGUAAAACCCUGAUUGCUCGGCAGAUCGGAAAAAUGCUCAAUGCUCGAGAGCCGAAGAUUAUCAAUGGUCCUGAAGUUUUGAACAAAUAUGUCGGUCAAUCCGAGGAAAAUAUUCGAAAGAUGUUCGCAGAUGCCGAAAAGGAAUACAAAGAGAAGGGUGAUGAAAGUGGUCUCCAUAUUAUCAUUUUUGAUGAGCUGGAUGCUGUUUGCAAGCAACGUGGUAGCGGGGCAGGCGGCGGCGGUACUGGCGUCGGUGAUAGUGUUGUCAACCAACUGUUGUCUAAACUCGAUGGUGUUGACCAGCUCAACAACAUUCUGUUGAUCGGUAUGACCAACCGAAUGGAUAUGAUUGAUGAGGCUCUUUUGCGUCCGGGUCGUCUGGAGGUCCACAUCGAAAUUUCCCUCCCCGAUGAGCAGGGCCGAAGCCAGAUUCUCAAGAUUCAUACCGAGAAGAUGCGUAACAACAAUGUUUUGGACUCAGAUGUCGAUCUGCCAGAGCUUGCACUCAUGACCAAGAACUUCUCUGGUGCUGAAAUUGCUGGUCUGGUGAAAUCGGCCUCCUCUUUUGCUUUCUCUCGCCAUGUUAAGGUUGGAACCAUGGCAAGCAUCAACGAUGACGUUGUGAACAUGAAGGUUAACCGAGGCGAUUUCCACCACGCUCUCGACGAAGUCAAACCUGCAUUCGGUGUCUCCGAGGAAGAAUUGUCCAGUCGUAUCCAAUACGGUGUUAUUCACUACUCCCAGGCCAUCAACGAUAUUCUCCAAGAAGGUGAAUUAUUCGUCAAGCAGGUUGGUCAAGCCGAGUCUACUCCUCUGUUUUCUGUCCUACUACACGGACCCACAGCCAGCGGCAAGACAGCUCUCGCAGCGCGCAUUGCCAUCGACUCUGGUUUCCCAUUCAUCAAGCUCAUCAGCCCCGAGGACAUGGUAGGCUUCAGCGAGCCCGCAAAGGUUCAGCACAUCAGCCGAAUCUUCGACAGUGCCUAUAAGUCCACCACUAGUAUUGUUGUCGUUGAUAACAUCGAGCGUAUCAUUGACUGGGUGCCCAUCGGCCCUCGUUUCAGCAAUACAGUCCUCCAGGCCCUUAUGGUCUUCCUCCGAAAGCCUCCUACUAAUGGACGUCGUCUGUUGAUCUUGGCUACAACUACCGAGCGUGCUUUGAUGAAACAGUUGGAUAUCUAUAAUUCAUUUAACUCUGAUAUCAUGGUUCCUAAUGUCCAAUCAUUCGAGGAGCUACGCCACGUUAUGGAACAGUCUGGUGCUUUUGAUGCCCAAGAAAUUGCUCGUGCCCUUGAAGAUAUCGGUGGCUUGGCUGAUGAUGGUCGUGUUAGCGUUGGUAUCAAGAAGGUUCUGCUGGGAAUUGAAACUGCCAAACAAGACGAGGACAAGGUUGGCCGCUUUGUCCGUGUCAUCAACCGAGCUAUUCAGGAGGAACAGUCAUUUUCUUAA